AACGCAAAUAAAUUCAAUGGACUCGAUAAGUAUGAAUGCAGAAAGAAGAUAGUUGAAGAAUUAAAUGAUUUGGGACUUAUGAGGUCAGUAGAAGCACACAAUAUGAAUUUACCAAUUUGUAGCCGAACUGGUGACGUUAUUGAAUAUUUACCUAAAGAGCAGUGGUUUCUAUCUUGUAGUGAACUUAAUAAACUAGCUACACAAGUAGUAAAAGACGGAAAACUGAAGAUAGAACCAGAAAAGUUUGUAAAAAAUUGGUUAGAUUGGACCAAUGAUGACAGAGAUUGGUGUAUAUCUAGACAACUUUGGUGGGGGCAUCAGAUACCAGCAUACAAAUGCAGUGUUGGUAAAGAUUUGAUUUGGACAGCGGCGACUGACGAAAAGACUGCUAAGCUACAAGCUUCUAAAUUUCUGAGAACAAUACCAGAUGAUAUCACAGCAGAGAGAGACACAGAUGUUCUUGACACUUGGUUUUCAUCAGGUAUAUAUCCAUUUGCUGCUCUAGGCUGGCCUGAAAACAGUAAAGAUUUAAAACGUUUUUAUCCGUUAGAUUUAAUGGUCACUGGACAUGAUAUUCUAGGUUUUUGGGUUCAUAGAAUGGUUAUAUUAGGUCUUAAAAUGACAGAUAAACUACCUUUCAAUGAUGUACUGCUACAUGGUGUAAUUUGUGAUAAUAAAGGUGCUAAAAUGUCUAAAAGUAGAGGUAAUGUUAUAGAUCCCAUAGAUGUUAUUGAUGGUAUAACAUUAGAUAAGCUAAAAGAAAAGGCAGUGAGUAUGCAUAAAGAAGGAAUUUUGAAUAAAGAUGAGUUGAAGAAAGCAGUAGCUUAUCACAAGUCAAACUUUUCGACCACAAACGGUAUUCCACAAUGCGGUGUAGAUGCUCUGAGAUUUACGCUUUUAUCCCAAGAUAUUGGGUCCCAUUUCGUCAACUUUGAUGUCAAUCAGUGCCACGCAAACAAACUAUUCUGUAAUAAAAUAUGGCAAAGCGUUAAAUAUACUCAACUUUCGUUUGACAAACUUAAACCUGUAAUCGAUAGAAUCACUCUUGAUGACCUAACAUUCUUCGACAAAUGGAUUCUAAGUAGACUAGCUGAUAUGGUUGAAACAGUCGAAAAGGCAAUGGAUGGUUAUCAAUUUCAUACAGCAGUCAAAUCAUUAAGAACUAUGUUAUACAAUGAAUUCUGUGAUGUGUAUUUAGAGGCUACAAAACCCGGUUUCGAAGAUGAUAAUUUUAAAAUUGGUUAUGCGCAUGCGCACUGUCUUUCAGCAGUCUUAAAUACCUCUCUCAGAUGCUUAGCUCCAUUUAUGAUUUAUAUUACUGAAGAGCUAAUAUCCAAAAUACCAGCUUUUGAAACUAACAUAAUACACAAUUUUAAUGACACAGACAAUUUAGAAUUGCCAAAAGGUGCAGAUUUUAGAAUGUGGCACAACAAAAAUCUGGAAAUACAAGUAGACAAAUUAUUAAAUACGAUAUAUCUAAUACGAGAGGUAAAAGGGCUUUACAAUAUAUCUAACAAAUUGAAACCAUUAGUAUACAUUACAAGUAAAGAUGAUGAAUUAUUAGAGAAUAUAAAACGCAAUUCAAAAAUUGUUUUAAAUCUAUCUAGAUGUAGUAGGAUUAAGUUUGAAGAAGUAAAUGAUAAGAAUACAAUUAAUGCGUCUUUAGAUAAAGAUACAGAAAUAAGAAUCGAGUUAGAAGGAAAUGAUAUUGAUAAUAUUCUAACAGCUGCAAAAACAAGAAUUAGUAAGAGAGUAAAGAAAAUUGAAGAAAGUAUAGAGAAAUUAAAAAAAAGGGUGACAAGUGAGAAAUAUUUAAGUUCAGUAGCUGAAAAUGAUCAGAAUUUAGAUAAAGAAAGGCUAUUAGAAAAACAAGAAGAGUUAAAACGAUUACAAAGAUUAAUUUAGAUUAUUUUUGACUGAUAAACUUA